AAAGUCGACUCCGAUUGGCUGAGGCGCCGAAUCGCAGAAAUCUGUAUGAUAUGACAUACCAGACGUUAUAGAGAAGACUUGGCUCCGUGGAUAACGGGUGUUACCCAGAGUUCAUUCCACCUGCAACCCUCUCUAUGCAGAGACCGAGCAAGUGUAUCGCGGGAACAAUAUCUACGACUUAAAACCAGAUCGAGAGUGUCAGGAUGGCUGAUUCCACUGUCAACAGUGUGAACGCGGAUGAGCGAACUAGCCCAAGGGCCGAGUUGACUCUCACCGAGGACGAAACAGUGACCAAGUUUCCACGCAAACGGCUCCUAGUCGCAGUGGCCGUGCUAAGCAUUGCUGUACUCCUGGCUGUUUGUGUACUUCUACUUGUGUUGCUCCUGACUAAACAAGGUCCCAACAUUUGUGACACUGAACAGUGCAAGCAAUCUGUGUUGUAUCCAACUAAACCCGGUCUCAUCAAAAGUAGCACUGAACAGACCAACCAACCUGUGGUGCUCCCGACUAAACCAAGUCCCAUCAUUUGCGACACUGAACAGUGCAACCAAUCUGCCUCCAAUAUUCUGAGAAACAUGGAUAAGACCCAAGACCCGUGCCAUAACUUCUUUGAGUACGCAUGCGGAGGAUGGAAUCAACGCCAAGUGAUUCCCAACAACACACUUGAAGUUACCAGAUUCUCCGAACUAGAUGACGACUUGAAAGGAAAGCUGAAAGAACUGAUCGAGCGAAAACCACUGCUAAACGAGCCGGAGUCCUUCGACAAAGUGAGGAAGUUCUACAAUGCCUGCCUUGACCUAGAUACCAUCAACGGCCUAGGAGCCCGACCGCUCACGGACACAUUGCAGUCCCUUGGCGGAUGGCCAGUCCUUGGGUCAAACCCCGGAGGCAGCUGGAGUCAGUAUUCUUAUAACUUUGAGAGUUUGUGGGCGACUCUUAGGUCCCAGUAUAACAUAGAUGCGGUCAUAUCGACUGGAGUGCAAAUCGAUCUAGAAAACACCAGAAACUACAUUCUCCAGAUCGAUUUUCCAGAAUUUACCGUGCCUCUUCAAUUCCGUGCAAAUAGACAGAAACGGCUCGCCUCUUUGGUUCCCGAGUCUUUUUCUAAAGACUUUGGCCGACAUUUGCUCCUGCUGGAUGAACUUGAAGAUAAACGAGCAGCUUACCUGCAGUACAUGAUCGACAUUGCUGUGGCUCUGGGCGGAGACCAAAGCGAGGUCGCUAGAGACAUGAACGACGCGUUCGAGUUUGAGAAGACACUCGCACAGCACGCCGAGGAUGCCAUUAGCGACGACUCUGAUCUACCUGUAACCAAAACUCUGAGCAACCUUCAAAUAAUCUACAGUGAGGUCAACUGGGCAAGUCUGUUUCGCUUACUUAUGCCAUCAAGCGUGUAUCCACCUGUUUCAAGUUACGACAAUAUUUUAGUCAUGUCACCAUCUUACCUUAGGAGUGUUGCUGGAUUGUUGAGGACGAAGGGACACAGAGUGGUAGCCAACUAUAUGAUCUGGCGACUUGUGAACAAGAUGGUGCCCUUUCUUGGAGAGGAGUAUGUGGCCAUCCAUCAGAAAUACCUGAAGGCUAUUCUCGGGAUCUCUGCAGCUCCAGAUCGAUGGAAGCUCUGUACUGAGCAGGUUAACACCGUGCUACCAUUUGCUACUGGGAGGAUGUACGUGGACGAGUACUUCUCUACAGACACCAAGACGAAGACAGAGGAGAUGGUCGGUCAACUGCGGAGAGCACUGAGAGCCAUGUUUGGGUCAGUCCGUUGGUUGUCGUACAGCGACAGGACUAAAGCCCGGCAAAAGCUUGAUGCAAUGGGAGUCAGCGUUGGCUAUCCAGAUUGGCUGAAAGUGAAUUACUUACUAGAUGCUCAAUCUGCUGAUUUGGUCGUCACAACAAACUCAUACUUCACCAAUGUUGUCAACUACGGCAGGCGAGUUGCACAGACCCAACUCGGCCGACUGCGACUUCCCGUUGAUAAGUCCUUGUGGGACGAUAGCGGACCUGCUGUGAUCAAUGCGCACUACAGCCUUUUUGAAAAUGGAAUAGUAAUACCGGCUGGUAUCCUCCAACCACCAUUUUAUCAUGCCAACAUGCCGUGGUACUCGAAUUUUGGUGGCGUAGGCGUAGUGCUGGGGCACGAGAUAACACAUGGUUUUGACAGCACUGGGAGACUCGUUGACCAACACGGUAACAUCGAGAACUGGUGGAGUUACAGUUCUAUCUCUGGUUUUAUAGACGCAGCAAGGUGUUUGGUGAAUCAGUACUCUGGCUUUGUCAUGCCUGAAAACGGCAAACGUGUUGACGGUCAGUUGACAGAAGCUGAGAACAUCGCUGAUAAUGGCGGUCUGAGAGAGGCUUACAAGGCUUACAAAACUAACAGGCCCAGUGUCCAGGAACAACUUCCUGGAUUGGAGGAUCUCACUAACGAUCAACUGUUCUUCUUGUCCUACUCACAGGUGUGGUGCAGUGUUGUGACGCGCGAAGGGGCAGACUGGAUGGUCAAAUACGGAGUGCACAGCCCCGGCCGAUUCAGAGUCAUUGGUCCGUUGCAGAACAACGAAAACUUCCAUAGUGCCUUCGGCUGUCAGUCGGGGAACUACAUGUACAAAAGUCAAUAUAGCACGUGCAAAGUGUGGUACUAAUUGCUAAAACGAUAGCCGUUUGCAAGCCUCACACUAAAACCAGUAGGAAAACCUUUAGAAAAGCAUUUAGGAAAAGUUAUAUAAGUUACUAUGUUCUGUGAACACACGUUUCUAUUUUGCAGCAAUGUAAAGAACGUAUCAAAGUGAGUAGCCUGAUUCCGUAACACGGAAAUCCAGCUGCAAGAUUACAUUUUGCAGCUGAUAUUAUGAUGUACUACUCACACGAAUCCAUGUUGUAAUCAUGACAUUAAUGAAGUUAACAAGAUAACAGAACGUGUAGUUGACAAUGAUAUGCACAAUAAACAGCUCUCUUUACUCAGAUCUUGAAUAACUUAUUUUACUCAGUCACUUAAACUAAUAAUGUUAAUGACAGAAUUAAAAUGUAAACCACAAUAAGAGGGCAUACCUUAACAGUUGCUAGGGCUAAAAGUACAUGUAUUGUAGUUUAGAUUAUUGUAGUUUAAUUCCGGAUAUGUAAUUUGUUUUCCUUUUUUAAACCCUGUUUAAAUAUACUUUUAAGCAAACAGUUUAUUGACAUAAUAUUUUAUGUAUAAAAACGAAUUUUACUUACGACCUUUCACACACGUAUCAAGGUCUCCCUGUUUGGUCAAGUUUUCACAUCGCAAUAUACUUGCGUGAGAACGAAAUGACAACGACGCGAAGAUUUACCUAUAAUAUAUCUACAUACGAUGGAUUCUAGAUUUAGUCGGGCUUGUUUACAUACAGUGGUUAUAAACGGUAAUUCUAGAUUUAUUAGUUAAUGAGAAUUACUCCUUUAAUUUUUUUUUUUUAUAGUGUCCCAAAUGACAUUUUAGUCUGCUAUACCGCCACAAACGUUUUUCAUAAAUGUUCAUCUUUGUACGAGUGCUCCGAGUUCCACGAGUCCAAAUGUAUUUUUGGCACGAUAUUUCUUUGUCAUGCGAUUUUUUUUAGUUUUCAUAAAUUCAAAUGCUAGUAACAGUUUUACAAAGUCCUUUUCCGAGGGUGAUUUUCUUAAGAAAUCAAUGUACCAAAAAAUGAUCACAAAACUGUGACUUUUCCACGCUAAUUGUCCUAUUCGAAGGUGUACGGAAGCGCGCCACCCGUAGGUCAACAUUCAGGCACUGUGUCUGGGUUCAUUUCAUUAGGUUGCAAAGCCCACAAAAUGCUCAAAAAGUUAACGUGCUUAUCAAACUAGCUGUGCUUCUUUAAACAAAUCCAUAGGCCUACUUUGUAGAAUUUAUACAAUAAACACAAAUCUGCUCAUUACCCGUGUCAAGCAUCAUAUACAUCGCAUCCCAUUUGGAUGGCAAAACAGCUUUUCCUGAAAAAAAAUUCCCUCUGUGUUUAAUAAAACCAUGUUAUUAUAGCAGCUCGUUCAAGGUCAUGGUCAUUUGCUGCUGGUGCACUUAAUUUUUUUCGUUUGGAGCAUGAAUUGCUCAUUUGAGGUGCUCAACAUCUUAAUUGCGGUUCACAACAAGCAUAGUGAGUCAAUAUACAUUUUGAGGAAACAUAAUCUGCACUUUUUUGCUAACGAACGUAAAACGGAGUGCCCACGGAAGCACCUUUUUAAAUCAUGAACAAUGAUUGGUUUCUUUCGAUCGAAACAAUUUCUUGUGAUAAAUUUUCUCGGGGUAUCUGAAAGCGGCCCAGUUACCUUGAGCCAGUUUUUACACAUUCAAUGAGAAGGUACGUUUCCAAAUAAUCCAAACCUCCUGUAUGUGCCUUUAAAUUGACCACUGUAUAUCGCCUGGGGUGUAAUAAUAUUAUGGUACCGCUUUUAAUAUUGCUAUAAAUGGACUUGUGUAUGUGUACAGACCAGUUGGAGCACAGAGUCCCCAGUUGGUACCCAAGGAAUGGCAGAUACAUUGUACAAGUACUCCAUGAGAGAUACUCAGAACAAAGGUGGUACAAUGCCUCAGCCACUACCCAGUGAGAACAACAACUCUGCGUCCGAAUUGGUCUAUUAUGCUCAUUACGGCUAUAGAAUGAAUAAGACUACUUUUUUGUAUAAAUACAUACAAAAAAUUGUGAUUUGUAUUCAGCAAUGAUCUUCCAAAAGAAUGACAGCACUGAAAUUAUAACGGGGUUCAGAAAGCAGUAACGUUUUUACACAACAUUUAAAAGUGGAAUGUGUGAAGCGCCAAACAAAAUAAAAAAGAGAUUGUCUACGUUUAAAGUGAAUAAAUGCAAAACAAUUACAACGUUUUUAGAAAAACUGUUAAGAGCGUUAUAGUUAAUUAAU